GCAGCGCAGUGGUCCGUCGGUCCGCCGGUCCGUGGGUCUGCCCGGCCCCGCCCUGCCUCCCGGGGCGGCUCGGCUCCAUGGCCCGCGGCGGCGGCGGCGGGAGGUGGCCCGGGGACCGCUGACCGGGCGGUGGGGCCGGGCCAUGGGGGACGGAGCCGUCCGCAGCUGCCGGAGCCGGUAUCCCUACCCGAGCUGGAGCGGCGCCCCCUGCUGAGUCCCGAGCGCUGGGCUGGCAGCCAGAUGCCUGGGCCCACUGGGCAGGCCAUUGGCCACCUGCGGGAUGAGCAGACUGCUGGGGGGGACGCUGGAGCGGGUCUGCAAGGCUGUGCUCCUCCUCUGCCUGCUGCAUUUCCUUGUGGCCGUCCUCCUCUACUUUGACGUCUACGCCCAGCACCUGGCCUUUUUCAGCCGCUUCAGUAUCCGAAGCCCAGCCCAUGCCCUCUACCCUGCAGCCAGCAGCAGCACCAACUGCUCUCGGCCCAAUGCCACUGCCUCUAGUUCUGGGCUUCCUGAAGUGCCCAGUGCCCGGCCCGGCCCCACAGCUCCAGUGAUCCCACCCUGUCCUGACGUGCCACCUGGUCUUGUGGGCCGAGUGGUCAUCGAGUUCAGCUCACCCAUGCCUUUGGAGCGGGUGCAGAGGGAGAACCCAGGCGUGCUCCUGGGAGGCCGCUAUACACCACCUGACUGCACCCCAGCCCAAACAGUGGCAGUCAUCAUCCCCUUUAGACACCGGGAGCACCACCUACGCUAUUGGCUCCACUAUCUGCACCCCAUGUUGAGACGGCAGCGACUGCGCUACGGUAUCUAUGUCAUCAACCAGCACGGUGAGGAGACCUUCAACCGAGCCAAGCUGCUCAACGUAGGCUUCCUAGAGGCACUGAAGGAGGAUGCUACCUAUGACUGCUUCAUCUUCAGUGAUGUGGACCUGGUCCCUAUGGAUGACCGCAAUCUGUACCGUUGUGGUGACCAGCCCCGCCACUUUGCCAUUGCCAUGGACAAGUUUGGCUUCCGGCUGCCCUAUGCUAGCUACUUUGGAGGUGUGUCGGGCCUGAGUAAGGCCCAGUUUCUGAGGAUCAACGGCUUUCCCAACGAGUACUGGGGAUGGGGCGGUGAGGAUGAUGACAUCUUCAACCGGAUCUCCCUGACUGGGAUGAAGAUAUCACGCCCAGAUGUCCGGAUAGGCCGCUACCGCAUGAUCAAGCACGACCGGGACAAACAUAACGAGCCCAACCCUCAGAGGUUUAGUAAGAUUCAAAACACAAAGAUGAGCAUGAAGUGGGAUGGCAUUGGAUCAGUUCGGUACCGAGUCUUGGAAGUGUCUCGGCAACCACUCUUCACCAACAUCACGGUGGACAUUGGACGACCCAUGUCAUGGCUUAAUCAAGGCUGACACUAACGGACAAAGACCCUCCAUGCGCUUCUGAUGUGGAGGUUUGCCUGCCAGAGGACUCACAGCCUGGCUGACAGCUUCUCUGGGGGUGUCCCCAAGACUGAGACUGUGAGCUGUUUUCUAAGGGUCUUAAUAGGCAGCCAGCUGCACCUAGAAGUUUCAGAACCCACUUUGAGGGGCUUCUGGGCAAGCCCCUCUUAUGGCCCUCUCUGAGGCCAAACCUUCCUGCCCUACUUACCCCAGCCCAAACCUCCUCACUGUUAGGGUUGGGCCAGCCCCUGUACUGCCUCUCGGAGUGGCCUGGGCUAGGUCACUCCACCUCUCUGUGCCUCAGUUUCCCACCCCCUUGAGUCCCCUAGGGCCUGGAAAGGUGGGAGGAUUGACUAGGGGGCAGUGUCUCUUCCAGAGGGAGUUCUCAGAUCUGGGGAUCCCUCAUGCUUCCAGGGGAGGGGAAACCUUUUUCAUUCAACAUUGUAGGGGGCAAGCUUUGGUUAGCCACCUACUGAGGAGUGCCCCCAGGAGGGGACCAGAAGGGGUGCUGUGUUUCCUGGGAUCAUGGGGUUGGCCUUUGCAUGGGGGACAGGUGGGGCUUGGAUCACUCAGUGGUUCUGGCCUCCCUGCUCUAGAGAGGCAGAAGCCCCAGGGCCUGCUCAUGUUUAUAUGUUGCACAGAAACUUGUGUGGGUGCUUUAGUAAAAAACGUUAAUGGAA